CAUUAAAUAUAUUUAUAAAUGGUAUCGGAAACACGUGGUGUUGUUUGUUUACGUGUUUAGGAAGUAUUUAUAGUAUCUAAGAUUUGAUUGGGUUUUAACGAUUGAUAUGAGUUCAAAUGAAAUCGUGCGGAACAGGUAGUUUACCUGUGUCCAGGUAUUAAGAAUAAGAGGUUAUUCGAGGUUUCGCUGCGCUUAGUGCAACAAGUAAAAAGUCGAAUAGAUGUCUCGACAAAAAACAGAUUUCUUGGCCCAAUACCGGGAGGAAGAUGAGUCUCUAGACGAAACUCUACUACAAGAAACCGCUGGUGAACAGAAAACCACUCGCAAGACGGCAAAUUCUGCGGAGAUCUCUGGACACUCUAGCCCCCGUGUAAGUGCGGACUUGGCCGACACCUUUAACCUGUUCAAGUCAUACCUGGACAACAAACUAGAUACUCUCAAGGAGGAACUCUCUACGGGUAACGACAUCGAAAAUUUAACAAAAACCAUUAAAAAAGAGGUCUCUGUAAAAUUCAAGAGUGAAGGGAACAAAAUUCAGUUUAACUUUAAUACUGAAAUAUUGAGUGAUUUGAAUAAACUUAAAAAGCGCAUUUCAGAUUCUUCCACUUUGAGCAUCGUUAGAGAGCUCAUUUCCAAGGUUACUAAGCGUAACAAGCUCAUCAGGAUUGCCGAUAAAUCUCCGGCCGGGUGGUCGACAGUCCGUGAGUAUGAAAGUGAUGAUUUGGCCUCCGACUCUGAGGACGAAAAACGUCUACGUCAAGCUGAAAACCGAGCAUUACGAGCUAUCAAGGAAAAACGCCGUUUUCAGCCAUACUCCAAGUCUGGUUCUGCAACAACUUCGCUACCUGAUGGUAGGUCUGGUGGUUCUGGCCGUAAUUUUCGUCCCUACAAGCGAAAGGAGGCCUCUCCAUACGACGUGUGCUACAACUGCCAUAAGCUCGGCCAUUGGAAAUCCGCAUGCACUGCCCCAGCCAGAACCAACAACCCAAGCACAAGCUCGUCAACCCAGUGAUUAUGAGAAUCAUUUUGCAGAUGUUUUCAAAACUGGAAAUUGGAUUUCGUUAUGGAGGACCUCUCAUCCCUCCUUACAAUCGCUGGCAAAGAAACUUCCGGAUUUAAUCAUGAAUUCCAAGGCUGAAAACACAAGAAAAACAUACGGAUAUGCUUUCAAUAAAUUUCGUAAGUGGUGUUUUACACAUAAUAUUUCAUAUCUUCCUGCAACGGAUUUCCAUGUAUCGUUAUACUUAACAAGUCUCAGUAAUACAUGUAGCAGUGCAGGGACAAUUGACGAGGCUUUUUAUGCAAUUAGCUG